CUGAUAUCAUGUUAUGGAUUAUUAAUGUUGGUAAUACUAAUUCUAACCUUCUUUUACAUAGAUAUUUAUUAAGUUAGCUAUUAUCUAAUUCGAAUUCCUUUCUAUUUAAAUUAGUUUCUUAAUUAAAAUCCGGAUGGAUUUAUAAAAUUGUCCAAAAACAUGCAAUCAUUCUGAAAGUAUGUGAUCUCAGAAGCCAACAUGCUUAUUGUCGUUAUUUUACAAUUUAUUAAUGUUAAAUCAGUUAGUCGUUCAUUUUUUAACAAAUUAAAAUCCGAAAUGAAACCAUUCCAAUUUAAAACUAUUUUUUCACCAUUGGGAUACUUUGAUAACUAUGUACAUCAUAGUAAACGAUAAGUGCAUAAAAAUCUUACUAAAUUCGAUGAAUAAUACUUGACUGUUGAAUUUCAUGGUUUGCAUUGCGAACCAGUUUUAGUUUGACAACCGUUAAAAGCUAGGAGGAACUCAACAGCUGUUUCGUUCUAGCAUGUGACUCUCAUCAGUGCAUAUUUAUAACCCCCCAGGAAUCGGACUCUGAACAUUCCGAUAUCCCUGUGAGCUCUUCGAUUUUAUUUCACGAAGUUGACUUCGGACAAUUUACAUUUCUAAUUCCAGUUAAUAUUCAAUAUUGGUGUGGUCGUGGAUUUUCACUGCCAGUAAAUCCCAUACUAGGAUGAAGCUCUUUGUCCAUUAUUUCCUGGUUUUGAAUAAUAUACUCACCAAAGUCAGUCUGUGGUGUGAAACGUCAAAUUUGUAGUUGAACCUUAAGCUAAUAUGUCAUCUUAUGGAUGAUGGAAGCUCAUGCAGUUAAAUAGAAACCUAUGAGUCAAUAAACAUUCAAGUACUUCUUUACAUUUGUAUCAAAGUUGUUAUUUUAAGGUUGGCAUUCACAUUAACGCUUUAAAAUAAAUGUUUAUCGAUGAUCCUACUCGUCACUUUUCCUACGAAGACAUCAUUACAAUGGGAAAUAUGUAUACACAGCUAUAUCUAUUACAUAGUGUCGUUAUUGUGGUUAUAGAGCUAUUUUCUGGGGGAGAUAUUAAAAGUCCUUUUUAAACUCUGUGGUGAAAUAAGUAACAUGUCCAAGCAAAGUCAAAACAUCCAUCAUAUUACCCAAUACCAACGGCAUCAUAAGCUCACUAUAUAGUAAAAAUAUGACUUGAAUUAUGUGCUACAUAGAGGAAUCUGUGAUUACAAUAUACUGAAUUUAUGACGCUUCGCCUCUAAUAUAUAUUUGUAAAACCAACUACUUAACCCAGACUUUUACACCUCUCAUCACACUUAUUGUUCAAUAUUCAAUAAUAUAAAAUUGUCCUGUAAGAAUUUAUUUGUAAUUCAUACUUAUUCAGUCAGUAAAUAGUAAUUUUUAUUUUUACCAUUAUUACCUAGCAAAUUUGAUUAAACCGCUAUCAGCCUUGUAAACUGACGUGUAAUCUAAAGUAACUUUCAGGAUAUUAUAUAUUUAUAUACCUUUAUUUUUCAUUUGUAAUUUAUUUGAAUUAGACAAUGGUUAUUCAAAUGUUAAUACUGUGUAUAGUUUCAAUUCUGUCAUUUGCCUACGCUGAUAUUACUACUACUACUGCUAAUACUACUACCAUUACAUUGAAUAAUUCGGUUAAUACUGUACAACCUUAUUUUAGUUGUAAUAUGACUCAACGCGGUUUUCAUCUUCGAUUGCAUUGUGAUUUCCAUGAUUUUUCAAUUAGUUUACUGGAGCAUUGUCAACUUCAUGUACAUUUACCAUCAGGUUUUUUCAUUGAUCCAUAUGAAUUAACUUCUAGUCAACCGAACUUAAAAUUUUCAAUUAGUCUGUCGGAAAUACAACCAAAAUUACAUGAUACCAUUAAACAAUUCGUAAAUUGGUUUACUUAUUCUAAGUUGGAGAAGAAAAAUACCGAUCAUUCCGAUGAAAGUAAACAAUUAAUUAUUCAGAAUAAUUUGGUUGAUAUUGAAGCUCCAGAAUGGCUUGCUAAACCAUUAACAUUCAAAUUUAAUAUUAAUCAACUGGGGAUAAAUCAAUCAAUUAGUUAUUUAGAUUUACCUAUUCAUCUACGAUAUCAUCUCCCAUCAACAAAAACUGAUAACACUAAUGAUGAUUCUAUAUAUAUUACUGAAAUUGAACAUCCUAUACUCAAUUGUCCAAAAGGCAAUAAUAUCAGAAAUAUAAACAGUCAACAGUUUUUCUCUAUCAUUGUUCCUAUACCUUUGUUAUCUUACCUUGUAUUUGUGAUGCCUAUUACAAUUUUACUGUUAAUUAUGGGUGUGAUAUAUCUCUUGAUGGCCUAAUCUGAUUCUCAUAUAUAUAUUCCUUAUUUUUAUGGUUGACUUCAUACAUAAUUAUUUUUUGUAUAUUUACAUAUCUUAAAAGAAACCGUUGCGUAAACAGCUUAUUUUAAUGAUAAAAAAGUUAUUUCAUUUUUUAUUCUAUUUCUCACACAUGUUUAGAGUUAAUCUAUAUUGUUAUUUGGUUCAAAUUAAUAUAAAAUCUAUUUAAAAC